CCGCCUCUCCUUCCCCGGUAGCGACCCUUCCGAACUCACUGACAGUAUUCUUGUUACAUUGUAGCAAAAUGGCGACUGUCAUUCAGAACCCGCUCAAAACGAGUAUCAGGGCUACAAACCGCAAGAGCACCCGCACAAGACUUGGGGACCAGUUUUAUAAAGAAGCCAUAGAGCACUGCCGGAAUUAUAAUUCAAGGCUUUGUGCAGAAAGGAGUGUCCGGCUCCCUUUCCUUGACUCUCAGACUGGGGUUGCACAGAAUAAUUGCUACAUUUGGAUGGAGAAGAGGCACAGAGGCCCAGGGAAUGGUCCAGGUCAGCUCUAUACAUAUCCAGCACGAUGCUGGCGUAAAAAACGGCGGUUACACCCACCAGAAGACCCCAGGUUACACAUCCUUGAUAUCAAACCCGAUUCUGAGCUGUUUCUGAAAAAGGAUGGGAUAAUGUCUGAAGGAACAACGUUAGAGGCCCUGCUGCGGGGAGACAUACUAGAGAAAAAGAACGAUCCAAAGGAUGAAGAUACGCUAGCAGAAAUCCAGAGGGUGUUAGAAAAUGACGAAAAUAUGGAAGAAAUGAACGAGGAGGAGGAACUGGAAGAUGAUGUUCCAAAACGCAAAAACAGGGGCAGAGGACGGGGUCGUGGCUCUGUGGGUCGAAGGCGAAACAAUGAUGCUGCAUCACAGGAAGACCAUGAUAAGCCAUACGUGUGUGACAAUAGUUACAAACAAAAGCAUAACUCAAAAACCUCCGAAAAAGUCUGUGGAAAACGCUAUAAGAACAGACCAGGCCUUAGUUACCAUUACGCACACACCCAUUUGGCCGAUGAAGAGGGGGAAGAUGAGAGAGAGUCUGAACCACAUUCUCCACUUGUUCAUCGAAGUGAGAGUCAUAAACCCCGGAAAGGGCCAGAUGGAGUAAUAAUUCCAAACGAUUACUGUGACUUCUGUUUGGGCGGUUCCAAUAUGAACAAGAAGACCGGGCAGCCAGAAGAACUGGUGUCCUGCUCAGACUGUGGUCGUUCAGGCCACCCGACCUGUCUGCAGUUCACAGUGAACAUGACAGAAGCUGUGAAAACCUACAAGUGGCAGUGUAUCGAAUGCAAGUCAUGCACCUUAUGUGGGACCUCAGAAAAUGAUGAACAGCUUUUAUUUUGUGAUGACUGUGAUCGUGGCUAUCAUAUGUACUGUUUAAACCCACCAAUGUCUGAACCCCCAGAAGGAAGCUGGAGUUGCCAUUUGUGCCUGGAACAGCUAAAGGAGAAAGCUUCAGCAGGUACAGAAAAUCCUUAACAGUUCCAGAGCCACAGUCAGUACAGGUUUGAGGCCUAGGCUUCAGCAACACCAUGUGCCACUACCUGGAUCCACUUCUAUAAUGAAAGUUGAAUUUCGUGUUUUGCCUUGGUUUGACUUGGGAUGUCCCCCCAAACAGUGUGGACUAUGAAAUGUAAUCUGAAGUUUACAUUUCACGCCACGUUCAGGCACUACUUUGUCAUGGAGUCAUUUUCAUUUGUGAUAUUGUGUUCUAUAUGGAAGAUUAAAACUUUGUAUACAUGUUGUAUUUGUCUGCUGAUGAAUAGAAAGGGAAGGAAAACUACAAUUUAUAUUGUCUUUGAAAAGUGAUUAAACAGAAAGUUGUUUUUUCCGAUCAGCUAUGCACAUAGCUAGCUGCCAUAAGUGACUGAAACAGGUAUGUUAUCCACUUUAACGCUCGGCUUCUAAGUUCUGCUAAAGCACCUCAUUCCCACUGGUCGAUGAGCGAGAAUAUGCAUGGUUCCAACCAUUAAAAUAAAAAGGGCCAAAGAGAUGCACAAAUAAGCUAAAGGCAUCUGUGUGCUGCAGAACAGUGCUGGGAAGGUUUGAAUCUCAUCACUGUCAGUAUUUGCCCAAUUCUGAGCUGGUAAUUUGACCUCCCUAUUUAACUGGUCAGAAGUAAACUGUGCACAAACAGUAUCCUCCGUUGUAAUGAAAAUGCUGUAUUUCAGGUUAACAACUGUGGAGAAGUAGAAAUGCAUAAAAGAAAAGGGCAAUGAUGCUCUUAAUUCAUUAGAAGCCUAGAAGCUUGAGACAGAUGCACUCCCAUCUUUUUUUUUUAGCAAGAGUGCAACAGUAAAGUGUUGCAUACUCCUGACAGUUGCUUUACGUUAACUGUUUCACCAGAACUGCAGCUGUUAUUAACUAAACAGCUUUCCAAACACAGUUCACUACAUAAGCAGAGUUGAGAGCUUUAUUUAUGAAGACAUACAUUUAAAUUUUUAAGAAAUCAGAACUCUUUAACUCACGUCUUCAUUUUUAAAGGCAUACUUUUUAAUUUUUUAUUAAGAAUAAAUCUGAGCAGCGUGACUACAUGCAGGCCUUAAAAUGUGCUCUUAGAAGAAUGUUGUUUGUAUGACACUUACUGCUGGGAAGUUUUCCAGGUGUAUUUACUCACUGCUUAUCUCUAGCUGGAUGAUAUCCAUUGUAGUGCACCUCUGGUCUUAUUUUAAUGGUGACACUCUUCUUAAAUCUCUUGAUUCUGUAUAAAUCCCUACCUGAAGGAAGCAUGAGUUUCUGCUCGAUUCUGAAGCGAGUACAGAGGUAUACAGUUACUCUUGCUGUUUUUAGAGUGACCUAUUAAAAGGCCAGGCCUUCCAAGUCCUGAUACUGACUUUUUAAAAGUGCUUUUUGCACUUCCAGUAACUUUUACUAAACAGUGCCUGGUAAAAGCCUUAAAAACACAGCUUGUGUUCCUUUUGUAAGGAAUGUCUCCUGUAGCAGUACAGUUUAGUUCUCUGUAAUCAAAAAAAUCUUCACAUCCACUGUAUGUGUAAUUGUUCAUUGUUGUCUCGAUAUGUUUCAUAUCACUUUUCGAAACAGCCAUAGAUUAUUAGCAGGGUCUGGUUUUGGAAUCUUUUCAGUGGAUUCUGGUAAAGAGGGACAGAUGCACAGGGUGGUGGGUAAGCAGUUAAGCAAACGCAAAGCUCCCGUUUAUAUUAAGGGUAAUGUGAUCCAUUCAGGGUGCACAAAGGAAAUGUUUGCCUGUGCUUUGUUUUGGAAGUUAUUUUUGAGCUAGUUACUAAGCAUUAUCCUGGAUCGCUGCACUUAAACCCCCAUAUCAAGAAAGUGUGUAUUGUUUUUGUGUCCUUUAUUUUUCAGUUUCCUAUAGCUCUGUGGCAUUACAGAUAAUUUAUUGAUUCCACAGUUAGCUUCUGGUUGUUUCUCAGUUCUUUCUGAAAUGCUGUAUAUCUAUUCAUUUGUAUAACCUUGGUUUUAAGAGACAAUGCAGUUUUUUGUAUUAAAAAGUGUUUCUCUGUUUUUCAAACUGAAUCUCUCAGCUGUAAAUCACAAAUAAAUAUCUAUUCUACAUUUAUCCCCACUGAGCAAAUUGUUUCUAGGUCCCCAUCAUUAAUACAUUCAGUGUAUUAAAACAAGUGUUACUUAUUCUGAUUUUAGAAGUUUUCAGCCAGUCACUUGGGUAAUAAGGGGGCUUUUCCUAACUAGAAUCACCCAAACUGCUUUUUCUUAUCCUUGGCCAGUGUCACCAGUGACUUAAAGAUGAAAACGGCAGUCGGACUUGUCUCUCUCCCCCCCCCCCCCAAUCUAAAAGAACAUGUUUGUGAUAAGUUCAUAAAAAUUAGUUGAAGAGCAAUUUGUUGAUAACCUACAUGAUUUUACAAAAUUAUAUUUCUAAUGUUAGCCUUAACCAUUGACUAAGGUUGUCACACUUAAGAAUUUCACUUCCUCUGACCUGCAGUGACCUAGUGAUUUUUUUACCGUUUCCCCACCAGAUUGGCAGUGCUGGUUGUGUUGGAAGAGAGAAUAAACAAAAUAAUUGAUUAUCACUUGCUAUAUAUUUACUUGUGAUGUCAGUGGCAGUGUAAACAAACAAGCAACCCUGAUUAUAGCUAUUUUUUAAUUGCAACAGAAUUGGUACUAUGGUGGUGUGUUUAUACAGCACUGCUAUGUAAAGAGAAAAUGUAUGCACCAGCUAUGUAAAGAGACAGAAAAAUGGAUGGCCCAUGUCUUUGUGCAAUGGAAACAUAAAACAUGCUUAAAAGUGGAAUAUAGACUCUAAUGGGGGACAGGUGGCUUGCCGAAUGAGGUCCUCUCGAAAGAUUGACGUGAAUAUUUACAUUUUAACGUAUUAGUCAAUCCACUAGAAGUAAUCAGUACACUGUAGCUGUCAACAUUAAGGAUGUAGUCAACCUUUGUGUAGCUGUUCUUUCUUGUUUGAAGGUCUUCUCACUGAGUAGACCAAGCAUAAUAUGUUCUAAGCACUAGAUGCAUUAGCUGUAACCUAAAGGAAUAGAAAUCUUUGUAGUACAAGAUAGAGAUGAGCAGAACAGCUGUAACCAUCCUUUGACUGAGGUUUUCUCCCUCAGGGCUAAGUUGUUAAUAUUUCUGUAACUGUAAAAGCAAUGGAUAGGAAAGACAGAACUGCUGAAAUCUGUACUAGUCCUGAAGAUUAAGUCCAGACAGCAAUGCUUCCUGAAAAGAAACAACACUUUAGGCGGAAACUGAUUUUUUUUUUUAGAAGUUGCAAUAUUUUGAUUAGGUGGGCUUGAAAUUGUCCUGAAAGUUUGAUUAAACCGGUUUUAACAGAGCAAAGUGCUCUGAGUUGAUCAGCUGGUGAAACAGUUUGCCUUGAAAUGGAUUUGGUUCCAUACUCUUGUAUGUUUAUUUUUUAAGCAUUUGUAAAUCAGAUAAGCCUACUUGAACACAAAUGUCCCUUUUCAAGGAUGAUUUAGAGUAUUGUCUGGUGUCCUGAAACUUGCUUCAUGGCAGGCAGUGAAACGUGAUGAUAUGAGCAGUGGCUGUUUUAUGCUAGCUGCCCUUUACCAGGAUUUUGGGCAGUGCUUUCUCGUGCCAAAAUUAGAUGGGAAGAACUUGUGAAUCUUGUAGCUCUGCAUGCUGUUUGAAAGCUCCUAGGUUAUGUUCAUGGCCUGCUUCAUACAAGUACGUCACAGUAGUACAUGUCAGACAGUUGAUAAUUAACCUACCUUUAGGCUAGGUAGAUCAAGAGUAGAUUUUUGGCCAUGAAGUGAGGUUUGAGAUGCUCCUUCUAGAGGCAGAGAAGUUCAGUUACUUGGGGACCCAAGAGUUGUGAAGGUUUUUCUAAUUAAGAUUUUUUUUUUUCUUUGAUAGUCUCAAAAGGACGGAGACUGGUGUGUGUGUUUGUGGGGGGAGCAUGUGUUUCUCAUGCUGUAGCACACGGACUUUUCAAGUACAUUCAGGGUCUGCUAUGUAGAGAAAUGUAGGAGAAUAGCUUGUUAGAGUACUGGCAGAUAAUGAGCUUGUACCCUAAGAAGGCAGAUGUCCAGGAUCUCUUAAGUUUAUAUCUUUGAUAUUUCCCUCUGCAGCUCUUGUUCAGUGUCACAGAAGGACUGCUUCUCGAUACAAUAAGAGACUAAGAUAUAUUUUGUAAACUCCUGUCUUGCAGAAGAAAAGGCUCUUAUUUUCAGCUUCUGAGUAAAUGCACUCUUUUUUUCUCCAAUAAUCUUACAUUUCUUGAUCUAAUGUUUGUUCUGUUUGUGUAGUUUUGUUGACAGGCUGCAUGUCAGAAGACCAUCUUUAUCCUGCAUGGUAGACAAAUGUAAAUCCAAGUGGUAAUCUGGGUCAGCUUCCUUUCUAGUGGCAAAGGAAAAGCCAUCUGUCCAACCAGAAUCAGCUGACCAUGUGGAUGUCUGUGGCUUGCCUUUUUCUUGAAAAUAUUAGGGGGCUGCUGACAUAUGUUAGAGAGAGAACCUGGGUAGGUAGAUUUUAAUGUCAGGGUUAGGGACAGGGAUUCUGUUAGGCUUCAAGUAAAAGUGAUUGUUGGUAGAGAACAAAAUGGUAGUAAUGUAAGUUGUUUGCGAACGGAUUUCUUCAGUUUUAAGGGCAUAAUUCAUUGAUUGGAAAGGGAGCCUAUGUUCUGCAACAUCUGCUUGUUUAUCCUUUAAGAAUAUUUUGAAAAUCCUCCAUUUAAUGCUGAGUGCAGUUAAAAUUUCGUGGCACUCUAGAAGGAAAGAAGAUGCGUAGACCGUAAGUUGCAAUUGGAUAUCAACUUCUGUUGGCUAAUUUUUUUUUUUUUUUUUUAAUGUGCUUAUUUAAGGGAGGGCAGAUCUUUUAAGUGAAAGCAAAUUCAAAAAACCUGCAUGUUUCCUUUACUGCAGUGGGAGAAAAAUAAAAUAAAUUUAUUAUUUUUGUAUAUAAACUCUAUAUUGCUACAAAUCUUAGAGGUGAAAGGGAGCUGGCCGAUUUGUAGCAAAACCAGCAGAAGAUCAAUAUCUCAACAGUGGGGCAGGAAGUGCUUAUUGACCACUGCUUGGAGCAAGGUCCAUUCACUAAAGAGGUUUUCAUUUGUAUAUGGUAAUGUAGCAGCAAGGCAAUGUCAAAGAUACAUUUGUCAAUGCCAUGACCUAUUCGCAUUCAUGAUUUAUUCUUUGAACUAUAUUUUCAAACUAAAAUGUGUUUCCUCAUUUUGAAGAAGAAGCCUACCGUAGUCAUUGAAGUCUUAUCCAUCUUCUGUUAUAAACUGCAUAGAAUUGCUUUGUGUCGCAAGCAGAGUACUCUGAAACCAGAAAGGCACUUGUGAUUUUCACAGGAUGAUCCCACUGGGAAGAAGAAUAUUUGUGAUUGCAAAUCCAUUUUCAAAAACCCUCAGUGGUACGUUGAAUCUUGAAUAAUGAUGAAAGAAGCCACAAUUUUCCUCGCAUCUGAAUCUUUGCAUGUCCAAACUUAAGGAGCUUUUUUUUUUUGAGACUUAACAGCUGAAGUGGAAUUUCAGACCUUUUUUUUUUUUUGUCAUUGAUCCAAAUUGAACUGCAUCAUAAAAGGGUACAAUGGAUACUACCACAUGAGGUUCCUCUGUAAUUUUAGUUUUAUUUCUAGAAGUCAUUUGACUCCAGACAUUGUAAUGUUUAUCAACUUUGAAAGCUGAUUUAGUCCAUUGUUAAAAAAAAAUGUUACAUGAUGUGAUUGUUAAGCUGACUUCUGACCCUUUAUCCUCUGAGCACACCAAAGUGUUUAAAUUCCAUUGAGUUUAAACAUAUUCAGUAGUAGGCUUAGACCGUGUCUGCACAGGAUUCCAGAAGACUGUGUACUACAAGCAUAAUUAUCAAUGUCUGACAAUUCAGAAUUAUAGCAAAGGCCUUUAAAAGUCAUAUAAUACAGGAUAAUAAAGAGCAUUUUGUUAUUCUUCAGAAAACAAGGUCUUCGCAUAGUAGACCAUAUACAUUUAUUGACAAGGAGUGUUUGUAAGUGCUUAGUUCAGUUUUAUUUAAUGAUGUUUGUACACUUAAGUCUACUUUUAUGGGAAAAAAUAGUAAAUCUAGGAGAGAUAAUUCUGAGGGCAGCGAUCACAGUAAUCUGUGUAAAUCAUAGCAUUUGAGAGUUACGCCCACCAUACAGUCUCAUGUCACAUGUUCAUUUAUAACAUUCAUUCAUUUCUUUCAGUAAGAAACAUUUGUCAUCCAAAAAUAUGCUUUCUUGUGUCCUGUCUCAGUUUCAGGAAUAUAGACUAGUACUGCAAUGGGCUACAUCAGGAAGUGAUUUAGUGAAGAACAUCAAAGAACAAUACUCCUUGGUUAUGUCCACUCCAUGGCAGUAGGGGUAGCCAAGAAAGUAAUUAACAUUAAACAAGUAUUUGGUUGUUUACUGUCAACAUCUGUAAUAGAAUCUGCAGUACUUAAUGACAGUCCCCUUAAGGUGUCUCUCUAAUACUUCUGGUGGACCCCGUCAGGCCUGUAUUUAUUGUUGCAGUUCUUGUUGUGAGACUGGCAUACAUGCCCCCUCACACUUGUGUAUGCAGACGUGCCUGCUUCAUUCCACUCAUUGCUGUCAUUUGCAAAUGUGGACUUCUGUGACAUAUCAGCUGAGGAUAUAUGUAGGGGGAACUGUCUCGCCUUUCUGCAGCACUGGAGCUUGAUGGACACUGAAGCUGUGAUAAAGGUUUUGCAGAGCAGUCUUACAGGACGUUUACCUUUCUUUAUAUAGUACUGGUUUGUGAUAUACAUAUCUCUUGAAUGUGCUGGAAAAGUCUAGCUGAGAAGCAGAAAAAUCAUCUUCAUGUAGCAAAAUCUUUCAGGGCACAUUUGUCAAGCCUAGUCUUGGUUUUAGCUCGGUCUCGGUCACGUGAUCUGUAUUUCUUGACACAUUUCUGUUUUUUACUGCUGACCUUCAUUUAUACAUUUUGAUUGUGGCUACUCUCUUAUCUUUCUUUGGUUCAGAUUGUAAAUGUUUUUCUAGUAGGCAUCAGUAGUUAUUUUGGACAGUUUGUCUUUAGGCUGCAGAACUCUCUUUUUCUAAGUGGUCAGGAAGAAUUUCCAUUUUGCAACUUGAUUGGGCAGACCACCAGCUGCAGACACUGUCAGUACCUUGGCUCAGUUUAGCUAGCAUUUCAUUCGCAGAGAAAAAAAGUAUUCUGGAAAGUAUUAUUAGGGUGUGUAUUUAUUUUUAGUAAGUAUAUUUUAUCUUUUCAAAGACUGAAAUGACCAGCUGUAUUAUUCCAAACAAAAUACCACCAAUUCUGGGUUUACCUUCAAGUUUAGUAAAGUGCAGUAUUGUAGUCCUGCAGAAGACCAGCUUCAAGCACUUUUUAAUUAAAAAAAAUGUCAGUAGACCCAAAUCUCUCAGAUCAUGAAACUAUGAAUUUUCGCUCAUGUUCAUGUCAGCUUCCAUACCAGAGUUUUCAUGCACACCCUUACCUUCAUCCUUCUAGAAUGAUUUUGCCUAAUGAUACUCUGUCCCACUUUCAUUCAGGAACAGUAUGGAUUUCACUUUUUCGUAUCUCCUUUUUAUCAAGGCAUCACUGUUUGAAAUUCCAUUUGUAAACACUAACCUUGCUGCAUACUGCUAAAGGAAGCAGGGCUCAAAUCCCAUUUCUUACCAGUUAACCAUGCUCCUUACACAAAAGCAUUUGGCCUAAUGUGUGGACUUUAAUUACAAGAAAUCCUUACAUAACUCACUGAAGCUAAGCUAUGUGGAAAGCACCCCAAAGUUAACUGUGUUUCUUUUCAUGUAGUGAAGCCUUGAGGUUCUUAAACCGAACAGCUAUGAUUGACAUUUGGAAAAGACACAGAGGAAGGUAAUGAGGGAUACAAACGUGGGUGCAAUGCAUUUGUCAAAACAAUCGUAAAAACACCCUCAGAAAAUGUGAAAAGUGUUUUCUCUGUAGUACUACUAUCUGAUUACAUAGGAAAUAUCUAAGGUAAUAUGUCUGUAGUUUCUUCAGAGGGUAACACAGAGAUGCACCAAGUAAAAUGGAAGGGUGAUUUUUUUAACUGCCUUACUGAAUGUCUUAAGAACAGCAGAAGAUAUGAAUAACAUAUCUGCUGUUAAAUUAGCAUAAAUGUUAUUUUGUUUGCUGUUAUAUUGACAUAUCAACAUUCAUCAGAUUUACAUUUCCAUCCAUGGUAUACCAUACUGAUGCAUAUGGAAGCAAGCACAGUUACAGGACAACUUAUGAUGUCCUUCCUUAGCACUGUUGGAGUAUUCUUUACUCUUGGGAUAUUCUGCUGAGGACAGCUGAGCAUCCAACCAGCAUACCAAAUUACACCUCCAGGCUUCGUACAUCAGACAUAUGUCCUAUGUGCAAAGUGUAAGGUACCUACAUGACAUACAAAUGCUUAAUCCUCAGAACUUCCAGUCUGACAUUCCUUGUCCAGUUCUUCCUGUAAGGGAAUUUCUCUGAGCCCAGAGGUACAUGGCAGCCACCAUUUGUAUUAGUCCUUUUGCCAAACUCCAAAUCUGGAAAUUUCAGUGGUAUCUCAAGCCAGUUUGGCUCCAGCACUGUCAUCCUCUGGAGUAUCCAAUCCAUCUCUUACCUUAUCUGAAGCUGUAGCCUUGCUGAUGGAUUUACCAGAUUUCCUGAAUCCAGGUUUGCCUUUUCAGGUUCCUCUCCCUACUCAGGAUGCUUCUGAUUACAUUUAGGGAGCUUCCUCCAACAAAUAAACUAAAAGUCCAGGGUCUUUGGUCCCAUCAACAACUGACAGACCAUAUCAACAUCAAGGAGAUGAGGGUUUUACUUGUAGCUCUGCAGGCUUUAUAUUCCAUUUGGGUUCUGGGUCCUCUAAAGGUUUUCACAGACAAUACCAUAGUCAUGUGUUUCAUCAACAAGCAAGGGGGCAUAAAAUCUUACCUUCUUUGCAGGCUGGUUCUUCAGGGUUGGGAUUUUACAGUCUACCAUCACUUGGUUCUUCAGGCGGUUUACAUUCCUACAGAGCACAGUCUGGUGACAGACUUUCUGAGCAGGUCCAGGACAAAUUCUCAUGAAUGGAUACUUCACAGGAAGGUGUUUCUGAGCACCCUUUAUCAGUUGGGGUAAUCCUUGGGUAGAUCUUUUUGCCUCCCCUCUGAACUAAUAAAUCUCUCAUUUCUGUUCCACAGUGCCAAGUCCUUUGUCAUGUCCUUUUCUUGGAAGGAAAUGUUUCUGUGUGCUUAUUCCCGUCUUCCUCUACUACCAAAACUCCUGCACAAGGUCAUGUGGGACACACCCAAAAUUUUUCUGGUGACUCCCUAUUGGCCCACACAGUACUGGUUCCCCCUUCUAUUUUAGCUGGCUAGGGGCAGUCAUCACAUGUUACCUAACAGGAUGGAUCUUCUCACACAAGACAGAGGAUCUCUCAUUCCCCCUCAGUUGUCCACCCUUCAGUCGACACAUUGGGUGAUAGGAUUUUCAUUCCUUUCAAGCAUCGACUUUCUGAGGACAUGCUUUGGGUUUUUCAGUAGGCCAGAAAACCCAAUACUAGAGAAUCAUGUGACUGAAUAGAAGAGAUUUUCUAUUUAGUGUCUCAAGCAUGACCUUGGACCAUUUUUCUGUAGGGGAUCAUACUAUCUUCUAAUUUGUGUGGAUUGCUCAAUUCUGGUUUGGCAUAUCUAUCUGUUAAAGUUCAUUUAUCAACAAUUUCAGCUUGUCUGCCUCUGAAUCCUGCUUUGGCUUUUAGUUUUGAAGUCAAAGAAUUAUGAAAAGGUGUCCUUCAUACUGGGUCUCCAAGAAAGUGUAUUCCUCUUUCUUGGGAUCUUAAUUUUGUACUUGAGAAACUGAUUUAGCCCCCUUUUUUGCCUGCAGUUUCUUCUUCCCUGCAGCAUGGUACCUGGAAGGCUGCUGUUGGUGGCUCUUAAUUCUGCCAGAAGGUUCUCCAAACUUCAAGCACUCAUGGUUCCUCCUUUUUAUUUUUUGUUUUUCACAGUGACAGGGUCUCUCUUCAUACCAAUCCUUUUUUAUGCCCAAAUUGGUUGAUGAUUUUUCCUUGAAUCAGUCCAUUCAUCUUCCUUCUUUCUUCCCUUCUCCACAGACUAUUGGUGAAAGAGUUGUUCACGCCUUGGAUUUACAUAGACAGCUCAAGCAUAUCAGGAAAUCUGAGCAACUUCUAUUUUCCUUUCAUGCCAGGAAAUUGAGUUUAAGGUUGUAUAAGCAUAUCAGGAAAUCUGAGCAACUUCUAUUUUCCUUUCAUGCCAGGAAAUUGAGUUUAGGGUUUUAUAAGCAAACCUUGUCCUCCUGGAUUUCUAAGGCCAUUUUGUUUUGCUGUUCUUUUCAUGGUGGGCAGCUUUUGUUUGUGCUCAUUCUACCAGGAAGUGGCCUCUUCUGGUGCUUUUUUCAAGGGUCUGGGUACUGGAUCCAUCUUGCAAGCUGCUACUUCUGUUGACAUUACAAGUUGUAUGUCAUUGCCAGGGCCAGGGAGGGUUUUGUGAAGGCCAUUCUUCAUGGGUUUGUGGAGGGCUGUUCUAGGCCUUCCUCCUCCCAUACUUUCCUUUAGAUUUUGUACUCUCCCAAGAGUAAAGAAUACUGUAACAGUGAUAAGGAAAGACAUAGUAUAAUUGUGUAAGAUCUUGCCAUAACAGUAGGUGUCCUACCUCUUAACUGUUGCAGUAUUCUGUGCCUUCUUCCUGUCCAUGUUACCUUUUGAUGCUCUCCUUCUGGCUGAGGGGUUUUAUAUCCUUUCUUCUUUUUCCCUUCUUGGGAUGUACAGAUUAUUGCCUUUCUCUGGGGUUUCCCUGGUUCUUCUGGAGCAGUUCAGUUCUGAGGAUUAGGCGUCCACAUAUCACAUAUGUACCUUAUGCUUUGCAUGUAGUAGGAUAUGCAUGUGAUGUACCAUGUCUGGAAGGUAUAAAGGCUUUGGUAUACUGGCUCAAAGUUUAGCUAUCCUCAUUAGGGUAUUCCAAGUGUAAAGAAUACUGCAGCAUUGAGAAGUAGGACAUCUACUGGUAUGGUAAGAUCUUGUACAACUGUACUUUUCACAAGCUUGUUUCUAAUAAAGAUCCUAAUUAAAAUAUUUCAUCUCUGAUUUAUCCUGUGCAGAUUUAAUAGAACAUUUUUUGACACCUCGUAUUCUUUUGGUUUGAUUUUCAUUUGGGCACGUUUUCAAGUUGUCAUUCAUAUUACUGUUGAGUUUGCUUCCUCAUUUCCCUCUCAACUCAGGAUACUAACACGAAGACAUAGUUGUUCUCUCUUUAGACAUCUGUUUACUGGUUGUAGCACAUUUUGUCUGUGGCUACACUAUGUGACAUCAGUUAUGUCAUCUAAUACUGACAGGUUGCCGGUACAGAUGAAGCCUGAAGGAGAGUGAUUCUGUUUUCAUAACAAUAUGCAGGGUUAACGUGACACACUGUAAGCUAACUGCAGGGAACGUGUGGCAUGUGAACUGAAAAGGGGUUGGGGUUUAAAAUGUAUGUUACCUCAUUUUUCCCACACAGGUUGGGUUGGGGGGGGUCUUAAAGUCUGCUGUCUGAUGUUCCCAAGAACAGGUGGAAGCGAUGCAUGGAUGCAUAAUGCAGUGAAAUGCAACUGUAUGCUUUGAAAGACAAGGUCAUUUGUUAUUGAGUAUUUAAUCAUGGUGUUAUUACAUCCUGCUUAUAUUUAUAUUGGAACAUUUAAGUGUUGAUUUUGUUGUAGAAAUAUGAGUAUAAACACUGAUAACUAUUAUCUGACAUACGUUUGUAUAUAAGACGCACUCUGCACAUAAAUCAGAUUACAUGUACAUGAACUCCCUUCGCAAGUAUCAUGGGUAAUAUUUGUAAACUACCUUCAAGCACCGUUCCAUGAUAAUGACUACAUGCAUUACCCAUGAUACACUGCAUGGUGGUUAUAUAUGAAAUGUAAUGUUUUUUUUUUUUUUAAACCUGUCAUUACUGCCCUAACACUCCUUGUAUAACUCUUGCUUCUGUAUAUCUGCAGGGAGAGUCUUUCGUCUUUCUUCUUUUUAUGGUCAAUACACUUUGCACUGUUACCAAGUAUUUUCAUGUGUGACGAUGCUACCCUCUGUUUGUAUGCUGAUAAGGCAAUGAUUUAUACUGCAAAAUAAAGUAAAUGUUUUUAUAAAUAAAAAAAUGUCUCUUUCUGUCAA